AUGGCGACGCCUCGCUACCUCACAGCCCAAAAGAUCAGCCUUCUGGUCUUGACGCGGCUCUACUGCAGUUCCACUCUUCCUUCUUCAGCGACGAUUCCCAUUCUGUCUUUCAUCUUGUCAAACAACAUACCUGCCGUCUCAUCCAGCGCCCGAGCACGUGUUCCAGCAUUCAACCAACAAGACGCUUCCUUCUCAAUCGAUGCCUUUGAAGAUGUCCUCCAGGGACACGCUUCGAGCAUGCCCGGACGAACGCUUCUGGACCUCUUCCUGAAGCAUAUGUGGGAGAUGAACUCGUUCGAUGCGCUGCACGACCUCUUCGACAAUCUCCAGGAACUGACAUCUCCGCCGCCGCCUGGCAUUCAAGAAGGAGAAGUCCCGGACCGGAUCUAUCUAUCCAAGACGUCUCCUCUCGGUUCCUUCGUUCGGAGAGCUCGCCUGGAGUUUACGCGGCUGCAGUUUGACGACUCGAUGAAACUAUGGUCAUCGUUCAUCAAGUACAGGGCACCGACAGCACAAUGGACCAAGAGGCUCGCCGGCCUGGCUUCGAGCGGCGUGGACGUGGUGGUGUCGGAGAUGGGUUUGAGUCCUGGUGAUGAUGUAUAUGAGGUUGCAUAUGGGCAUUUGGAAGAGCAGGACGAGGAAGGAGAAGGAAUGAGUCUUGAGGAUCUCGAUCGGGUACUGGACUUCCAGCUUGACCGACUGCAACGAUUCGGGGACCGCGUCCCGGAGUCAAUGAAGACGCAACUUCGCACCAUGAUCAGCUCCUCAGGCCUCGUACACCGGCAAGCCCAUCUGGUACAAUUCUUCGACGCCUGGAAAGCUGGGGACUAUACAUCCGCUUUCGACAAUCUGCACCGCUACUACGAUUAUGCCAUGCAGACACGAGAGAAGAUCCACUAUCAAUACGCACUACUCCACAUGGCCAUCCUGCAAGCCGACUUUGGCUGCUUCGGCGAGGCCAUAGCAGCUAUAAAUGAGACGAUUGCUACGGCAAGAGAGAACCAGGACAUGACAUGCUUGAGCUUCAGUCUCAGCUGGCUAAACCAUAUGGCCAAGGCGUUUCCGAAGCAGAUGAAGGGCGCAGGGUAUAUGAGUAUGCUGGGAAGCGAGCGAGAUGCAUUGACAUUCCUGAAGGCGAAGGCAAAGGAGACGAAGAUGUACCACUUGCUCAGUGCGAGUUUACUCAAUGAGGCGAAGUUGUGUCUUGCAACGGGCGACUCCAUCCCCCGAGCACUAGAACACAUCUACCAAUCCUCACACCUCAACGUCAAAGAAAACAUAAAAAGUUACGGUAGCCAAAUGCUACUGACGUCGACUCUCUACUCACGCCUCGGAAUACCACAUCUUGCCAAUGUGCACUGCGAACUUCUAUUCGACUGCUACGAGCAAUCUUGCCCUAUCGACGAGAGUAUCCGAGCGACCGGACGAAGAGCUUUCAUCAUGAGCCAAAGCGGCCGCUACGACGAAGCAAUCUCAGCUCUAGAGGCCAUCGACACUUCCGUACACAAAUCGCUCAAGUUUCACCAAUACCUCAUCCUAUGCAUUGGCCACAUAAAGCUCAAGAGAGCCAUCCGACGCUCCGACUGGCAGACUUGCACCCAUCUCCUCGCCACCCUCAAACCAGCCACAGAUCCCACAUCCUCCCCACUCGAUGCAGAACUCUCUUUCCUCCAAUAUGAAGCUUACAUCGACUACCUCUCCUCUCGCGGCCAGUACUCUCAAGCCUUUACCGUUAUAUCCACGCUCGCCCAGUCCCUCAAGUCUGACAAUGCAGACAUCUUACAGCGUGUCUCGGUGCUUCUUAUGCAAGCGGAUUUGUGGAGGAAGGUGGGUAAGGCGGAGAGGGGUUUUAGUGUUGCGUUGAGAGCGGCGAGUGUGAGCUUUAGGGCGAGAUUGGGACCGAGUCUAUGGACUGCUGUGGGUCUACUGGGAAAUAUAUUGAAUGGGUUGGGGGAGUUUGGAAGUGCGAGAAGGUUGGUUGAGGGGGUAUUGCCGCAGGCUUUAGAGGGUGCGGAUAGCAUGCUUUGCGGCACAUUGUACUCGCAUCUCGCGGACUCAUACAUGGGGCUUGCCAGUCCUAGUUCUCACUCCAACCCAUCCGGCGCCUCCACAUCGUCUCCGCCUUCGACUUCAACUUCCUCGUCAUCUCCCACAUCGGCGAGAACAAGGUCGGCGAACAUUGCCAAAGCGGAGCUGUACAUCGACAGAGCUAGAGUGUGUUUCAAGAAGAGUAGUUAUCUCGACGGCGAGUGCGAACAGAUUAUGAAGAAGGCAAUUGUUGCGAAGCUGAGGGGUGAUGAGAAGCUCGCAGAGGAAUGGGCGCAGAAUCAUAACCGGGUGUGGGAGGAGGGGAUGAGGAGGAUUGAUGGAGAGAUAUGA